AUGGCAGUGGUAAAGGUUUUGCUGCACAGCCUCAAUGCCUCUUUUCUGUUUUAUGGGGUAAUAGUGGGGCUGGUCAUCAUUUACAUUUUAACUUCAUCCAAAAGGCAAAGGGGCAAGCUGCCCCCUGGGCCCCCUCCUCUGCCAAUCAUCGGUAACCUGAAUCUGGUGGAUCUGAACAAGAUGUAUCAGUCUCUGAUGGAGCUGUCAGAGGACUACGGCAGCAUGUUCACUCUUCAUCUUGGACCCAGGAAGGUUGUGGUCCUUGCAGGCUAUGACGCAAUCAAGGAUGCUCUUUUUAACAACAGUGAAGCAUUUGGAGACAGACCAGAAGUCCCAAUAUUUCAGAAGAUUUCAGGUGGACAUGGUAUUGGUUUUAGCAACGGAGACACGUGGAAAGUGAUGCGAAGAUUUGCCUUGAGCACACUACGAGAUUUCGGAAUGGGAAAGAAAUCCAUAGAAGCCAAGAUUCAGGAGGAGCUAAAUUUCCUUGUCAAGUAUUUUCAAUCACAUCAAGGUAAACCCUUUGACACAAAGAUUAUACUGAAUAAUGCUGUGUCCAACAUCAUCUGCUCCAUCCUUUUUGGAGAAAGGUUUGAAUACGAUGACCCUGAAUUUCUACAUUUGUUACAACUGCUAAGCGACAAUACAAAACUGAUGGGUUCCUCUAUGGUGCAGUUAUAUAAUUUCUACCCAUUUUUCGGAUUUCUGAUUGGAGCUCACAAGACUGUGGUACGAAAUGUUCAGGAGAUCAUCAGCUUUAUCCAAAAGCUGUUUAAAGAGCAUAUUCUGAAUUUUAGUCCAAAUCACCUAACUGGUUUUGUGGAUGCUUUUUUGCUGAAGCAGCAGCAGGAAUCAAAAAAUCCCCAGACAGAAUUCCACAACAAAAACCUGCUCUUCUCCACCCUGGACCUCUUUGGUGCUGGAACCGAGACAACCUCAACCACCCUUCGCUGGGGUCUUCUUCUGAUGAUGAAAUAUCCAGAGAUUCAGAGAAAAGUCCAUGAAGAAAUAGAUAAAGUCGUUGCACUGGGACAAGUCCCCCGUGUGGAGGAUCGGAAAAAAAUGCCAUUUACAGAUGCGGUGAUUCACGAGUUGCAGAGGUUUGCCGAUAUUGUUCCGAUGGGUGUGUCCCGCAGCCCCAUUAAGGAUAUCCAUUUCAGAGGCUAUGUCAUCCCUAAGGGGAUGGAGGUGAUCCCCUUGCUGAGCUCAGUGUUUUGUGAUCCAUCUCACUGGGAGACACCAUAUCAGUUUAACCCUUCUCAUUUCCUGGAUGCUGCUGGAAAUUUUGUCAAAAAAGAUGCCUUUAUUCCUUUCGGCCUAGGGCGCCGGGCCUGUGCUGGAGAAAGCCUUGCCAGAAUGGAGCUCUUUCUGGUCUUCACAGGUUUGCUCCAGAAAUUCACUUUCCAAGCUGCCCCGGAGGUGGACAAGGCAGAUCUAGACCUCACCGCAAGUGUUGGCUUUACCUUAACUCCAAAGCCUCACUUGGUGUGCGCCCUUCCGCGCGAAGAACAGUUACAGGCAUAUGUGUCCAUUACAUGUGUGAUGCAGGUUAUGGAAUGGAAUGUGAUGACGUCACUUGAAAUACUUUAUGGAAAUCUACGGAACCAGGAGUGGGUCACUAAAAUAAAAAUGGUAGCUGCAUGGACCCCCUCUCUUCCCAACAUCUCAGGAUCACUGCAGCCCAAAGAAGCAGGAUGUCAGUGUCACUUGGCGACUCAAUGUGUCGGGUUGGGUGACUGUGUGGUAUACAGGCAUCACAGCCUAUGUGUAUCCGUAGCGCUCGAGAAUUCAGCCCAACUGGCGCUUCUCCAGAGCCAUCGCGGGGCAAGAGAUUCCUGCUGCAGCUCUGAAGGGUCAGGAGGAUGGGAGGGAGAAGAGAGUGCAGGAUGGUCCUUAUGCACCAACAGAGGUUUGAUAUGCAUCCUGUUUCACCUCAGAGAAUUUGAGACUUUAGUGAGUGUGUGCGGGUGUGCCCAGGAUGAAGGGGUUUCACUGAAGCUUGACAGGGGUACGUGCAAGACAAACAAAAGGAAACAGUUCUUCGCUCAGUGUCAAGAGAGUGGAGAAAUCACAGAUAUCACCUCUAACAAAGACCAGGGUGUUGCUUACAGUGCACCAGCUUCUGAUAUUGAGACUCUCAAUCUUUUGCUAAGUAAUGCCCAAGUACUCAGCUACACCAGGAAAGAUGAAGUGUUUGCUGUAAAUUUUCAGAGCAUGGAGCAGCAGUUGAGUGAUGAAAAUAGUCUCUCAAACUUGCCUAGCCAGACCCCACUGCCACACUUGACUGAAGGGGCCAUUAUCGCUGUGGCCCUGGGCUGCACUGUGGAGGGAACCCGCCCACCAGAAAUGUCCCAAAUCCUGGCUGGGCUCAGCCAUGACACUUGUGGGCUGGAGCAGGAGUUGUGCUGCCAGCUGAGAUGUUAUCCCAAAUCUCAAGAGGAUUAUCUUCUGUCUCCAAGCCUUAACAAGAGUUACAUCAACAGGUCUUACUUCAUCGUUUUCACUGAGAUUCUUUCAGGAACCCAAUUCUGCCUUGUGUUUGUGGGCUGUCUCCUGUUCUGCUACCUGGCUGUGGAUGUCCCUAUUUUCUUUUACCUGGCUGCAAUUUUCCGGCAUCCAAACAUGAAUCCGUUCAUCCGGCUCCUCUCUGAUCCUGUUGUGGUUUUCCUGCUUGGGGUCCUGGCAUUUUGCAUGUUGAGGCACUUUUCAACCCAAUCUGGACGGUCAAUUUUUAAACUCCCGCCUGGGCCCCCGCCUCUCCCCCUCAUCGGAAACCUGCAUUUGCUGGAUUGGAGGAGGCAGGACAAGUCUCUGAUGAAGAUUUCAGAAAAGUAUGGCCCAGUGUUCACUGUCCAGUUUGGACUAAAGAAGAUGGUAGUGCUAACUGGCUAUGAGGCUGUGAAGGAAGCGUUGGUAAACUUGGCCGAUGAGUUUGCAGACCGACCACCAAUUCCAAUAUUCUACCAGAUCCAGCAUGGACACGGUGUCUUUUUCUCUUCGGGGGAGUUAUGGAAAACCACAAGAAGAUUUACUAUUUCCAGCAUGCAGAAACUUGGCAUGGGCAAACAUUCAAUGGAGGAGAAGAUUCUUGAGGAGUUUCACUGCCUGGUAGAAUUGCUGGAAUCAUUCAAAGGGGAGCCUUUCAGGUUGAAACUGCUCAACAAGGCUCCAACCAACGUCACCUUCACACUGCUGUUCGGGGAGCGGUUCGAUUAUCAGGAUCCAACUUUUGUCACUUUGCUCAGACUAAUAGAUGAAGUUAUGGUUCUCCUUGGGUCUCCUACCAUACAACUAUUUAAUUUCUACCCCUUCCUGGGAUUCCUGCUCAAAUCGCCCAAGAUGAUACUGGUUAAAAUCGAAGAGGUUCGAGUUAUUUUAAGGGAUUACAUGAAGAUGAGUAGGCAACAGACACAGCAGGGCAAUGUGAAGAGCUACAUCGAUGCACUCAUCCAAAAGCAAGAAGCGACGAACAAAGAGACUCUAUUUCAUGAUGCAAAUAUAGUGGCCUCCAUCCUCGAUCUGGUGAUGGCCGGGACAGAGACAACAUCCACCACCUUGCAGUGGGCCAUCCUGCUCAUGAUGAAAUAUCCCAAGAUUCAGGCAAAAGUUCAGGAGGAGAUUGGUCAAGUUCUCUCAUUGGGCUGCCCGCCCAGGUAUGAAGAUCAUAAAGACCUUCCGUUCACCAACGCCGUGAUCCAUGAAAUCCAGAGAUUUGUCACCCUCCUUCCCCACGUCCCACACUGCCUGUCCGUCGAUACCCAUUUCCGAGAUUUCUUCCUCCCUAAGGGCACUCCAGUCAUCCCUCUGCUCACCUCCGUGCUGCUCGACAAGUCCCAGUGGGAGACACCAAAUGAGUUUAACCCGAACCACUUCCUGGAUGCUGAAGGGAACUUUGUUAAGAAGGCGGCUUUUUUGCCCUUCUCCAUAGGACGCCGGGUUUGUGUCGGGGAGAGCUUGGCCAAGAUGGAGCUGUUCCUGUUCUUCACCAGUCUUCUUCAGAGGUUCACCUUCCAGCCUCCACCUGGCACCAAUCACUCUGACUUGGACAUCACCCCAGAAACUACUUUCACGCAGAGGCCUCAGCCUCAGUUAGCACAAGCUGUCCCACGGCCGAUUAAAGAAGCAGGGGGAGUCUUCAGCUUCCUAAGUAUAUUAGAUGACCGCACCAUUGCACGAAAGCAGGCCUCAUCAGUGCAGGUGGACAGUCCAAGUUUGGGGGGAAAGCAUUACUUUCCAUUCUGUAGCAAACACAUCCUGCAAGCCACCUCCAAGAUGGCCAAAGCCUUAGCAAUCCAGAGACACAUUCAAUAG